UACUAUUGUUUUCUUUAUAAUUGUUUUUCUUACUGCAUCUGAAGAUAUUUGUGUCGAUGGUUUAGCUAUUACUUUAUUUGCCGUAUCAAAUCCUCAAUGGGCAUCGACAUCUCAAGCUAUAGGACAAACAUUUGGUCGUUUUCUUGGUUCGUCGUUUCUUUUAACAUUUGAAUCAGCCAAUUUUACGAACAGAUUCAUUCGUAAACCACUGUCAUUACCUUAUCAAACAACAGGUUUAUUUUCAUUAGUACAUUUCGUACGAUUUGUAGCGGUGGCAUUUCUAAUUGUUACCGUGUGUCUUAUCAUAUUUGUACGAGAGAAAGAAGAAACAUUGGAUACUAAUGGUACACAAACAAAUAAUCUAUCUCUAAUUCAAACUUAUCUUUCAAUUAUAAAACUUUUUAAAAACUUAUUAGGUAAGCAGCGUCUUUUAAAUUCAUCUUCAACAGUUAUUUUACCUUUUUUUUUGAAAUAUUUUCUUUUUAGUCAAGGAGUAUCACGAGAGAAUUUAGGUCUUGUCAACAUACCAGUAACUCUUGCUACACUUAUUGCACCUCUGAUCAUUCUUCAUACAAAACAACCUCUCGACUGGUUUGCAAGAUCUUAUGUAUUUUAUCUUAUUCAUGCUCUUCCACUUGCUGCUUACGUCUACUUUACUCCUCGCAUGAUCUCAUUUGGCUAUUAUUAUCCGAUACUUAUUAUAUUACUUGCAAUAAGUGAAUUUAUCAAGAUGCUACAAACUACCGCCAAUUUUGGAUUUUUUGCUUCUAUCUGUCAACCAGAUAUUAGUGGCACCUAUAUAACACUGUUAGUUACUCUAAGUAAUUUAGGUUAUGCUCUAAAUUCAUCAGCCGUUCUUUAUGCAGCCAACUUAUUGCCGAAGAAAUAUGAUUAUAUUAUAGCAGUAAGCGCAUGCUUACUUUUGGGUCUUCUAUGGUUUUGCCUUUCUUAUCAAACUUUGAAACGAUUACAAAAGCUACCAGCUUCCGAAUGGCAUAUUAAAAAAGAAACAAAUAUAAGUGUGGCAACGACAUUAGAAGAGCAAGUUCGAAAUGACCAAAAUAUAUGA